AUGUCGAUGUUCGUCCAACGCUCUGCUGCCCUUGUGGCCCGCCGCGCCGUCAUCGCUCCCCGCAUUGCCGCCCGCACCUUCGCCACCUCCAUCGUCCGCUGCGAAGCCCCCAAGGACACCAAGGUCGCCAACUACAAGACCUUGAAGGCUCGAGACAACUGGAUUUGGGACGAGAAGGAGAGGAAGCUGACGUCAAUUGCAGAGGUCAAGGGCGAGGACGACCUCUACGGUCCCGGUGCCCAGCCCGGUACCGUCCCCACCGAUCUCGAGCAGGCCACCGGUCUCGAGCGUCUCGAGAUUCUCGGUAAGAUGGAGGGCGUCGAUGUUUUCGACAUGAAGCCCCUCGACGCCAGCCGGCUGGGCACACUGCAGGAUCCCAUCCUCGUCCGCUCCGCCGGUGAGGAGCAGUUCGCCGGUUGCACUGGCUUCCCCGUCGACUCCCACACCACCCUGUGGCUCCGCCUCACCAAGGACCGCCCUCUCGAGCGAUGCCCCGAGUGCGGCAGCGUCUACAAGAUGGACUACGUCGGUGCCGAGCACGACGACCACCACCACCACGGCCACCAAGAGGUCGAGGAGCCCAAGACCUUCGCCGACUUCAUCAAGCCCGAGUACCGCUACCAAUAA